GUCAUCGAUUUCUUUAAUUUUUGGAGAUCUGUUUCUUUAGAAAAUAUUGGAGUUUAUUUUAUUUCGAGAUUAUUAUAUGUAGAAUUUAUAUUUUAAAUUAUUGUGUUAUACUUUACAAUAUUAAAAAAUUAAAAUUAAUAUUGUAGGACCAUAAAAACAAGUUGCAACAACGUUAUUGGUAGUUGUAAAUUUACAAUAUUGUGAAGGCUGUGAUAAGGUAGUAUCGUUUUUGAAACAUCAGUACCGCCUUAAUAUUUCUUAACUUUCAUAGUAAAUUCGUAAAUUGUAGAACAGUUGUUGUGAGGUCGCCAUGUUGUUAUUUACCUUGUGAUUUUAUGCUGGGCAUUUGUGAUAUGGGUAAAGUGUUGUGACGCGGCAACCAGUGUGUGAGCAUGUUGGAGGAUGUUCCCGUGCACGGAAGUCGGUCAGACUCCCGCAAUGGAAAGAGUACUAUCCACCAGAGAAACCUCAGCUUGGAUUUCAGGCAUGUGACAGGCGCAGGAGGGCCGCCAGCGGGAUGCGGUCAUCAAAGGAACAGGUCCCUGGACUCUGUGCUCCAACGGAUACCAGAAGACAUGACACCAACUUCGCCGGAGGAUGCACCUCUGCGACUCACUAUCGAAGCGACGGUACCGAGAUUGGCGCUGCCUCCGGAAGUGCCGACCGGCUCAGACGACUCUGGUAUUCACACGCCGCCCGAUGACAACGAAGACGAGCGACCUCCGCUUCCAACAGCGGCGCGGUCUAGAGAAAGUCUUGAUUCUGGAAAUCCGGAAGACACAGAGAAACCUCCCGAUCCCCCCGAUACGAUAGCAGAACCGACAACUACAGCUGGCACCAGCGUCGCAAGUACGUCCAAAAACAAAGACUCUCUGUUAAGACUAUUCGAGAGUUCGUUGUUUGACAUGAACAUGGCAAUAGAAUAUUUUCACAAUUCCUCAGGCGUACAGACUUAUCUGGCGAAUAAGUUGUUUUCGUUUCCGCACGAGGAUGUCGAUUUUUAUCUGCCGCAGCUGGCAACGAUGUACAUAGAGCUAGCCGACGUAGCGGAGGUGCUAAAGCCGUAUUUGAUUCAUAGAUGUAAACAAAGCACGGAGUUUUCUCUGCGACUCGUAUGGUUGUUGACCGCGUUCGGUGGGGAUUCGACAACGUCUAAAGCGAUGAAGUUGAGAGAAUCCAUACUGGCCGAAAAGAUAAGGCCGGCAGCGAAAAGAGGACAUCACCGAACACAAUCGGACGCUUCGGCGUUGAGAGUGUCGACGCCUCCUUGGAAAUAUUUAGGGGACUUAACAUCUGGACGAGCCUUCGAUAACGGUUGUGUUUGUGGGGAACAGUGUUCGUGCGACGCUCCCAGACUGGCACCGCAUUUAGAGUUCAUGUUGGCGCUAAUGAAUAUCGGACGCCGGUUGGCCAGCGUCGCGGACAAGGAACGAAGGAAUGGCCACCUCAGAGCUGAACUAGCGACUCUGAACCUGAAUUUGCCGGCCAAAGUUUGGCUACCCCUAUAUCACAAGCCUCACUACGUGUUGAGGAUAUCACCGUACGCGGCCACGGUGCUCAAUAGCAAAGAUAAGGCUCCAUACAUAAUGUACGUGGAGGUACUAGAGACUGACGGGCACGAGCCUCUUCCUCCCCGCCAGCUGCCUCCAGCGCCACCGGCUCCCCACUCACCCCCCAUCAGACAUACGAAGAGUGAGGAGAACCUCGUGCCUGAGUGGCCGGCGCUCUCCUUGUAUUCGGCGCUGGACGACGUGGACACCGGAGACUGCUGGAGUCAUGACGACGAUGAGCUCAGCUCUCAUUACGACCACAGAGCGCCCGCGCCCGACAGCGUGUCGCAGGUCUCGGCGGUUUCGGUUCUGUCCACGUCAUCGUGCGGCAGCCGCGAGUCUGUGGCCGUGGUCGCCGGCGAGGUGCGCAGGAGGCUGGUCGACGCCACAGAAGCAGAAACCUUCAGACACGACCCCGCCGAUCCGUCCGCUACUGCACUGAAGGAAUCGUGGGAGAGCAAGCUGUGCCGCAUCCGCGCCAUGUCCCCGUACGGCGCGCUGUCGGGCUGGCGGCUGCUGGGCUGCAUCGUGAAGGUGGGCGACGACCUGCGCCAGGAGCUGCUGGCCGCGCAGCUGCUGCGCCGCCUCACCGCCAUCUGGCGCCACGAGCGCGUGCCGCUGGCGCUGCGCCCAUACGAGAUCCUGUGUUUGGGCCGCGACACCGGACUCAUACAACCGGUGCUGAACUCUGUGUCGCUGCACCAGAUCAAGAAGCAGUCGGGGAAGUCCCUGCGCGCGUGGCUACAGCUGGAGCACGGCGCGCCCACCUCUGAAGGCUUCCUGCGCGCGCAGAGGAACUUCGUGGAGUCCGUCGCCGCCUACGCGCUCGCCAGCUAUCUGCUGCAACUUAAGGACCGGCACAACGGAAACAUCUUAUUGGACAGCGAAGGUCAUAUAAUCCACAUCGACUUCGGGUUCAUAUUCUCUACGUCACCGAAAAAUCUUGGAUUCGAAAGUUCACCGUUCAAAUUGACACAGGAGUUCGUUGAGGUAAUGGACGGCGAACACUCGGACAUGUUUCAAUACUUCAAGAUAUUGAUCCUGCGCGGCCUCAUCGCGGCGCGCAAGUACUGCGACCAGAUCAUACACAUGGUCGAGCUGAUGCGAAUGAGCGGUCAGCUGGCGUGCCUCCGCAGUAGUAGCGUGGUGUCGUCGUUCCGCGCUCGCUUCCAGAGCGGCAAGACCGACCCGCAGCUGCAGGCGCUCGUCGACAGGCUCGUGCAGGACGCGCUCAACUCCAUCUCCACCAGGCUCUACGACAACUACCAGUACCACACCAACGGGAUACUGUGAGCGUCGCCACCCGCCAGCUCAACCAUACGAACUAGAGAUGAAACGGAUAUCCGGUAACUAUCCGGUAUCCGGCCAGGUUUUCACUAUCCAGCCGGAUAGCGUAUAAUAAAUCAGUAUCCGACCGGAUUUCGAAUAGCAAAAUUGAAGAAAAUCUCUUGGUUAUACAAAAGGCUAAUAAUACCACAAUAGGCUAUGGACAACUUUUAUUUUUAUAAUCGCACGUCAAAAGUGAUUGUUUUAUUGUUAUAAUUAGUUUGUUUAAUACUCAAAAUUAACAAGUGGCAAAUUGUGGUGAAUGAAUACCAAAUCGUCGUCGUACCGAGUCGUCGCGAUCUCCGCUCACGUGCGACAACACCCGAACGCGCACGAAUAUUUCCGAAAGGGCCGAACAUCCGACGCUCCGGCCUCGCAGUUUGCCGAAUAUUCGAUAUCCGGUAUCCGGCCAAACCACUAUCCGUUUCAUCUCUAAUACGAACCAUACCGAACUGAAUAUCCAACGAUCGCGUGUGAUGACUAGAGAUGGGAUAAUUCGAUAAAAUUAUAAUGUAAAUCGUUUAUUCUCGCACCGCGCUGCUGCCCCGGGACUUUUUUGGGUUGAACAGGUAGUUUAAAGAGUAAUGGGGGAUUCCCGUAUAAUAAUACUCCUAAACAAAAUUGUUGUAAAGGUAUCAUAAGGCGCAACAAAUUCAUUGAUAGUAAAUUUCCCUGAAGUUAACGGCUAAUGCUAAGGAUCAAAUUAUGCGUGGUAAAGUUCGUGUGCUUCCUUUAGUUCGGUUCGAUUUUGUUCUAUGAACGUAACGUAUUUUGCACAAACAAUAAAUACAAAAAACUCAUGCAAGUAAGUAUAUUUGUGAGUUUAACAUCAAACGAAGGAAUAGCGUUGUAACCGGUGAAUAUGUUAUUUAAAAGCGCCAUUUAACGCAAAAAAAGUUUAGGGGAAAAUAUAGGCACUAUUUUAUUUUUAAUUGCCACAUUCAAUCUAAAUGAAACAUUUCCAACAUGAGAUUUUCUUUGUUAUCACCAAUAGUGCAAUGCAUGAGAUUAGCAUCAAGAACAAAAAAAAUUAGUAUUUGAAUUAGUUUUAGUUUAAGCGGCUUCGGGUUCCUUGGUCGUUGUCAUUUCAUAAAUCAUCAUUUAAAACCUCCUUCACCUCACUCGAACUACCUUCUCUAUAACUUUAAUAAUUAAUAUUCAUUUAAAUCUUAAACAUAUAAUAUUGUAUUCAUAAUAUUAAUUUCUGUUUUAAAAAAUAUAUAUGUGUAUCAUGCUGAGUAAUAAUUUAGAAAAAAAAAAAACAGACACUCCGAAAUUCGCUUGUAAAUGCAUGCUUUUAGCGUUUUAAAGAUUAGUGCCAUAAACAAUAAUGCUUUAUCGUUUUUACUUUAACCUCUGUAUACUUUGCUCAACAUUCAUUGGUCACAUUGUAAUAUCUGAACGCAUUGAGCGUGUUCUAUAUAAGAACACCAGCCACUUGAUCACUUCGGAUAGAAUGAUGAAAUGUAGAAAAUUCCAAAAUAUUGUGUAAAUAUAAAUAUAAAAUAUGUAUUAUGAUAAUUUUCGCAAUGAGAAGACUGAUUGUUCAGGCAUGAAGUGUUAGGUUUAGGUUCUUAACACAUUAAGUUUUAUCCUGUAUAUUGAAAUUCUUUGUGUGCCUGUGGUGUGCGCGAGUGGAAUGCAUUAACUGCAAAUUAAACUGCAUUAAAUGAAAUGAAUUUUAGCGAAAACGUGUCGUGUGUGUGUCAAUGUGGAUAUUUUAUACACCACUAUAUUUUUAUUAUCGAAGAACGAGGUCUCUGUCAAUGUCGGGUGGUUAAUGUGUUGCCAGAAUCAAUACAGGGUUAUUGAAAUGUUGAAAGUAAAAAAAAAAUGGAGUCAUCGUAGUGGACCGUACUCUUCGAAAACAAUAGUUAUAUUGUAGGUUUGUAUGUAUGUAAUCAAGAAUUGUAAAAUAGUCUUUACGUCCUUUUAAUGAAACAAAAUCCAUACACUUUCACUAUCACAUAAAGAUAUAUUUUUAUUUUAAAAAAAAUAGUGGUGUAUUCUUAUCCGUGCGCUAGCUAGGAACUUGUUUGUUCCCCUGAAUGUGGUGUACAUUAAAAUAAUUUUAUAAAGGUUUAAAUUUACGGAUAUGAAAGUAAAUUUUUGGUGUUGCCAAUUAAUUCGUUGUAAGGUGGAACGAGGGUUGCCCCACUAUGUAAUCAUUUAUUGUUUGUAUAAUAAAUGCGUUUACAAUUUUGAUAAUGUUAAAUAAAUAUGUAAUGAAAACGAUUAAAUAUUUUAAUUGAACCUUUUGUAAAUAAUCUUUGGCUCUUUAUUGUAUAACCAACAUUUUAAAGAUGCCAAAUAAUAUGAUUUUUUUAAUAAUUGUUAUUAUUGCAUACAUAAAAUUUAUCUAUUCUCUUUGCUGAAGUUUAAUAACAAUUUGCUGUUAUAUAUUCAUAUAUUUGUUGCGAUAACACGCUUGUGUGUGACGAAGCAUCAAUGCUUUGAUUUGGAUUAAAAACUGAAAAGAAAUCCUAAUGCGUUUGUAACUUGAACAUAUCGAUUCUUUAGUAACAGCAACGCGUUUUAAAAUAUUCAAUUAUAGCUAUAUGUAUAUUGAAGUUAUUAUUGUCAAAUUUGUUUUGUACUAAAGACUGCUGAAUACUAGAUAAUCGAUUUUUAAAAGAGCGCGUUAUCAUAACAUUUUGAAUUAAUUGUUAUGAAAUUCAUGUACGUUUUGAAGUAAAUUAAAGAUAAAUAUGAAGUAUCUAAAAAUUGUAACGUGACCAUAUUUAGUCGAUUCGGGUAAUAAAUAAUAAUAAUAAUAAUCUUUGAAUGUUCGUCAUUACAGAUAAGUAAAUUAUUCUGUUUAAAAAUUGUAAUAACAUUGAAAUGUCCAAAUAGGUCAAAAUUUAAUAAAUUAAUUUAUCAACGUGUACAGAUAAUUGUAAGUAGGUACGUACUUGUAACAUUAAUCUUAUUUUUUUUAAAUAUACAUAAUCAUGGUUUUUA